GAGGAAAGUAGCCCAAUACGGAAGCGCCGCCGACCAAAGUAACAUUAAUCAACGAAAUGGCCCUUGACAUUGACAGUUGGGAUCUGGCCUGUGAUUUUAACAAUGAAAGUCACCGCACAGAGCUGAAUGGGGUCCAGCGUCUGAUCAUCAGGAGAGGACAACCUUUCACCAUUAACAUCCACCUACGCUCCGGCCAUUACCAGCCCGGCUCUCACAACAUCAGAAUCAUUGCUGAAACAGGGCCUGAUCCAGCAGAGCAGUGGGGAACCAGGGCUGUGUUUGGACUGAUAGACUCUAUUGAUGAAACGUGCUGGAGUGCUGCUGUGACCAGUCCCCCAGGGGAUCUCAUCUGUCUUACCAUCUGCCCUGCCCCAGACGCACCGAUUGGCCGAUACACUCUGACUCUGGACCACGGCAGCAGAGUAAACCUGGGGGAGUUUAUAGUGCUGUUCAAUCCCUGGUGUCCCAGAGAUGCAGUCUACAUGGACAGUGAGCAGAACCUGCAAGAAUAUGUGCUUGCUCAGGAUGGCAUUAUCUACAGGGAUGUUCAAAAUUUUAUCACCUCUUCACCCUGGUACUUUGGACAGUUCGAAGAGGGGAUCCUGGAUGCAUGUUUGAGGAUUCUGGACAAAAAUCGUAAAUGUCUGGAAAACGGUGGGCAGGACUGUUCGGCUCGCCGGAAUCCUGUUUAUGUGAGCAGAGUCAUCAGCGCAAUGGUGAAUAGUAACGAUGAUGCAGGGGUGUUGGCUGGGCGCUGGCAACCUCCGUAUGACCAGGGAACGAGCCCUAUGGCCUGGAGAGGCAGUGUAGAGAUCCUGAGGAACUGGAGCAGUAACAACUGUAUACCCGUCUGUUAUGGCCAGUGCUGGGUGUUUGCAGGUGUCGCAUGCACAGUGUCCCGUGCUCUCGGCAUCCCCUGCAGGGUAGUCACGAAUUACUCGUCCGCCCAUGACACCAACAGCAAUCUGGUCAUUGAACGCUACGUGAACGAAGAAACAAAGCCGGUGAACCCCCAUAACAGGAAUGACUCCAUAUGGAACUACCACUGCUGGGUGGAAUGCUGGAUGAAUCGCCCCGACCUGAAGCCAGGCUAUGAUGGCUGGCAGGUCUGUGACCCCACACCUCAGGAGAAGAGUGAAGGGGUGUACUGCUGUGGACCAGUUCCUGUCCGAGCGAUUAAGGAGGGAGAGCUGACCUUUAAGUACGACGCACCGUUCGUCUUUGCAGAAGUGAAUGCAGACGUGGAUUGGUUUUUGAUACGUAAGGACGGCAGUACUGAGAAGCUCUCCAGCUCCACGGCUUCUGUGGGGAGGAACAUCAGCACCAAGAGAGUAGGAUCUGAUGCCAGAGAAGACAUCACACACCUGUACAAGUACCCAGAGGGCUCUGCUGAGGAGAGAGAGACGUUUAAGAAGGCCAACCACCAGAACAAACUGCUCCAGGAGCCAGAGAAGGGUGGCCUGCACGUGGCCAUUAAGGUGUCAGAGGGCAUGAAGAAAGGCUGUGACUUUGACGUGUUCGCCUUGGUAACCAACAACACGUCCAGUGAGAAGAAGUGUCGCCUUGUCUUUGCAGCCCGAGCCAUGUCCUACACGGGAAUUGUAGGACAGGACUGUGGCUUCAAAGAUCUGCUAAAUGUGGAGCUUGCUCCUGGAGGAGCGAGGAAAGUCCCUUUGAGACUAAAUUACAGUAAAUACUGUGGGGUGUUGAUCGAUGACAAUAACCUAAUUCGUCUGGGCGCCCUGCUCCUUGACUACGGCACCAGAGAGCGUGUCGCCUCUUUCCGCAACAUCGUCCUGGAAAACCCCACCAUUACCAUUCGGAUCCUUGGAGAACCCAAACAGAACCGUAAGCUGGCAGCUGAGCUCACCUUACAGAACCCACUGCCAGACCCGAUAGACGACUGCUGCUUCAGCGUCGUUGGAGCCAACCUGACGGGUGGUGAGGUUCUCACAGAAAGGAUUCAGUCUCCUGUCGGGCCUGGGCAAGAAGCCAAAGCCAAAAUUUAUUUCACCCCCACACACUGGGGCCUCCGAAAACUGGUGGUGGAUUUCAACAGUGACAAGCUGGGUCACGUCAAAGGCUUCAGGAAUGUGAUCAUCGGCAAGUAAAGUCCAUGACCUCCCUGCUUCAGAUGCCACAAAGAAAUACAACACAAUAUAGCAGAAUGGAUAGAACUUCAAAACAAGAAGAAAUGUCUGUAUGCGGCAUAUGAAAGCGACUGAACAAUGCGAACUGGAUAGAAGAUUUUCUGUACACUUCCAGAGCGUGUAAAGGUGCAUUUGAAACCAGCUCAACACAUCUCAGUAUUGGUCAUAGACUUGCAAUAUUUUAGCUCAUUGAUAGAAAAAUCGUGGUGCUUUGGAACAAUUUAGCAUUUAUAUUACAAACUCAAGGCUUUUUUUCUUUCAAACUAAAUUUUACUGGCCAAUCACGGUCAUGUUUUGAAAACUGCAUUUUAUAGUUUGUCGUUUCAUAGCAACAGUGUUUAAAUUCCUUUAUAUUCAGUGACCGUUUCAGUUGUUGAAAUAUAUCUGAUUACUCCUGAAAAAAAAGAAAACAAAAAACAGUAAAAACAAAACAAAACAAUAUAAACUUAGAUGCCUGAGAUGCCUUUCUUUGUUUAACAUGUUAAUAGCCCAAACUUUGUGCUCUUCCAUGGCUUAGCUUUUCCAUUUUUUGCUGCUGCUGUAUUUUUAUUACAUAAGUCUCCGAAUAAGUUUGCAUAUUUGCAUACCCAGAGUGCUGCAAUUUCUCCAGACACAACCUCAUUUCCCACCACAGGAACUGUGGAAUGUGCUUUUAAUUCACUCUAAAUUUUUGGGUUAGUUGGAAAACCUUGUGCUAAUUUGUGUUUGGUUGUUCUGCUGACCAAAAAGA